CGAAAGAUUUUAACAGAAUUGAAUUGAAAAGUCAACCAGAAGGUGGGAUUCAUAUUCGUAUCAAAGUGAGGAAACGCAAACUUUUGUAGCGCAUCUACCCACCUUCCGGCUUCCUCCCAAUGACCCAUUCUCUAUCUUCCUUUCCAAGGAAAUCAUAGCAAUCCACCAUAACCAUCGUCAUUAAAUGGAGAAUACUAUACAUAUACGUUUUCUUGAUCUCCUUCCCUUCUAGACAAAUCAUCAAACACUUGGUGUGCAGUGCGCCAUUUUCGUACAGAUAAGAGCAAAUCCUAAGAUCGGGCCAGAAGAGUAAUGGUUCUCCCGUUAUUGAAGCUUGGGACGCUCGCAUUGAAAACUUUAAGCAAACCCAUUGCCAGCAGGCUCAAAAAACAGGCUGCCCUUCACCCCAAGUUUCGGACAUCGAUCAUUAGUUUCGCGCAGGCAAAUCACAGGCUAACAACAAAUAUACAAAGGCGAAUUUAUGGACACGCAACUGAUGUUGAAAUUCGGCCAUUGAAUGAGGAGAAAGCUGUUCAGGCAGCUGGGGAUCUUAUAAGUGAACUCUUUGUCUUCUCGGUGGCAGGAGUCGCCCUCAUAUUUGAGGUGCAAAGAAGUGCUAGAUCAGAAGCCAAAAAAGAAGAAGUCCGCAAACAAGAAUUGGAGGAAAUGAGGCAACGAGAUGAGGAUUUAGCAAAAGAAGUGGAAUGCCUAAAGCAAAAACUUGAGGAACUUGAGCAGCUUGCUAAAGGAAAAGGACUAACGGGUGUUUUCAACUUCAAAAAUGUUAAAACCCAAAAUGCAAAUUCAGUCAAUCCAGCUUGAUUAUGAUAUUUGGAUUAAAAAGAAAAAGAAAAACUUCAUUCUUGAUUGCUAUUUUGUGCUAAUACUAUUGAUUUUUGACCUAAUUGAGAUGACCCCAUCUUCAGGAUUCUGGGGUUGUAGACUUGUGGUAUUGUAUCAUUUUCAAGGAGUUGUACAACUUUUCUUGGUUGAUAUCGAUUUCUUUAUUCUAAUUG